AUGAUUUUUCCUUUGAUUCUUUUGAGCCAAGCAGCUUCUAAUCUUCAAGAUACCGGCACUUUUAUCAUCCCUGAAGGCAUAAAAGAAAUCGGAGAAUAUCAAUAUGCAAAUUUGAGUAAUUUCACUAAGAUUUCAUUUCCAAAUUCAUUAGAAAUAAUUCAUAAACAUGCAUUUAAUUCUUGUAAUAGCUUAGAAAGUCUCAAAUUACCUCCAAAUCUUUUAAUAAUCGAGAACAAUUCGUUUGAAUCUUGUUCAAAUUUGAAAACAGUCAUUUUUCAUUCCCAAAAUACUGAAGUCUCACAAUGUUCGUUUCGAUACUGCAUUAAACUUGAAACAAUUCAACUUCCUUCAAAUUUAAAAUAUAUUUCAUCAAAUUUAUUUGCUAAUUGCAUCAAUCUUCAAACAAUACAACUCCCUGAAUCAUUAAAAUACGUUGAUGAAUACGCAUUUACUGGAUGCUCGGGUUUACAACAUAUUGAAAUUCCUCCAAACGUUACAUCUAUUGGAACGGAUUGUUUUUACGGUUGCUUCAAUCUUCAAACAAUACAACUUCCAAUCUCAUUAAAAUUUAUUCAUGACGAUGCAUUUAGUGGAUGCUCGAGCUUACAACAUAUUGAAAUUCCUCCAAACGUUACUUCCAUAGAUUUAAUUGUUUUUGCGAUUGCACAAAUCUUCAAACAAUACAACUUCCUAUAUCAUUAG